ACAUCACCACCUCAAACACAAAUGAAAAAGUGGAAACAAACAAAAACCCUUUUAUUUUUUAUGUUAAUUUCUCAAAAACACAGAGUAACGGUGAAAAGAAAAAGAUGAUCUAAUGAGUAAUGUUUUCUUUAUUAAGACAUUAUAGGAGAAGAACCUUUUCAUGAUCUCAUCAACACAUCAAAAUGUGGGCAUUUUUUAUAAUCAAUUAAUUAUUAAUUAUUAUAUAUUAAUUUGUAAAAACAACAAAACUAGAAAUUAGAAGCCUUAAUAACUAAAACAGAUCCUUCAUUUUUGUAGAAAGAGACCUCCCAUACUUUCACACACGGCGAUUACGACUUUUUUGCAGAGCUUAAAGAUAAAAAAACACAACAUUUUCUCUUUAAAAAAGAGGGAGACACUGGAACCAUUUCUCUCUCUCUCUUUCUCUUCAUAUAUUAUAUAUUAACACACACAUUUCAUAUAGGUUUUAUAUUUCUUUUUCUUUGCUUGUUUACGUUCUACAUGCUUAUAGGCUUAUUGGGUUUAGGCUGCUCAGCAUCUAAUUCAAUUCAAAGACGAUUCGUCUGUAUUUUGGAAUGCUGGUGUAGGAGUGGUACUCCUUUUGUAUAUCACAAAAAAAGGGUUUGUUUCUUUUUUCGGAAUAAAAAGAGGAGAGAGUCGGGACAUCUUGUUCAGGUUGAUCAGAGGACAAAAACCCAGAUGGUGAGAUGCCCUUCUUCACACGAUUUGAUCUCACUUCUUACUUGAUUCAUCGACAUCAUCGACAAAGCCGCCUACUCAGCUUGUUUUUUGGGUCUCUCUUUCACACGAAACUCACCCUUUUCAACAAUGGGAUUCACUCGUUUGCUCAAUAGCAUUGCGACUCAUUCUUCUUCUUCACCAGCAUCCGCCGGACAACAACCACAUUUUUCCCUUGCGGGGACGAUGCAAGGUUUGCCCAUUUUGGAACUAUCCUCCAUUUGCAUCGAUCUCACACUUCUCCUGGUGUUCCUUUUCACAAUAUCUGCAAGGAAAAUACUUGUCUGUGUCGGUCGAACUCGAUUUCUUAAGGAUGAUUCUGUUGGGAAUUCAAGCCCAAUUAGGAGAAGCAUUAGUGGUGAUGCUGAAGUUGGAGAUGUUGUUGUCGGCACUGGGUUUAAAUUCUCUGUAUGUUGUUGUUUCUAUGUGCUGCUUGUGCAAGUUGUGGUGCUGGGAUUUGAUGGAUUUGGUUUGAUAAGAGAGGCUGUUGAUGGGAAGGUUGUGGUUUGGUCUGUUAUUGCCUUGCCUGCUGCUCAAGGUUUAGCUUGGUUUGUAUUGAGUUUUUUAGCUCUUCAUUGUAAGUUUAAGGUGCUCGAGAAAUUCCCAUUGUUGUUGAGGGUAUGGUGGUUUAUUUCUUUUGUGAUUUGCAUCUGUACCUUGUAUGUCGAUGGAAAAUCACUUUUAGUGUAUGGUUCGAACCACUUGACUUCCCAUGUUGUCGCCAAUUUUGUUGUAACACCGGCUCUUGCAUUUCUUUGCUUUGUUGCAAUUAGAGGUGCAACCGGUAUAGAAUUGUAUAGAAACUCCGACCUUCAGGAGCCAUUGCUUGAAGAUGAGGCAGGAUGUCUUAAGGUAACUCCUUAUACUGAUGCUGGGCUCUUCAGUUUGGCUAUACUUUCUUGGCUAAACCCACUUCUUUCAAUUGGCGCCAAGAGACCACUUGAGCUUAAAGAUAUUCCCCUUCUUGCACCGAAAGACCGUUCCAAGACAAAUUACAAGGUUUUAAAUUCAAAUUGGGAAAAAAUGAAGGCCGAAAACCUAUCAAAUCAACCUUCUUUGGCUUGGGCGAUUUUGAGGUCAUUCUGGAAGGAAGCAGCUGGUAAUGCUGUCUUUGCUUUGUUGAACACGCUCGUUUCCUAUGUGGGUCCGUAUAUGAUAAGUUACUUUGUUGAUUAUCUGGGAGGGAAAGAGACCUUUCCUCAUGAAGGUUAUGUGCUUGCUGGAAUAUUUUUUGUAUCAAAGCUCUUAGAGACACUAACAACCAGGCAGUGGUAUCUUGGGGUUGACAUUUUGGGUAUGCAUGUUAGAUCAGCUCUGACAGCAAUGGUGUAUCGGAAGGGGCUGAAGCUCUCAAGCUUGGCUAAACAAAGUCAUACUAGUGGAGAAAUUGUUAAUUACAUGGCAGUUGAUGUUCAAAGAGUGGGGGACUAUUCUUGGUAUCUCCAUGACAUUUGGAUGCUUCCUUUGCAAAUAAUUCUUGCUCUGGCAAUAUUAUAUAAAAAUGUCGGUAUUGCUUCUGUUGCCACAUUGGUUGCAACCAUUAUAUCCAUCAUUGUUACUGUUCCUUUGGCUAAGGUUCAAGAAGAUUAUCAAGACAAGUUAAUGGCUGCCAAGGAUGAAAGAAUGAGGAAGACUUCUGAAUGUCUAAGGAACAUGAGGAUUCUGAAAUUACAAGCUUGGGAGGAAAGGUACCGAGUUAAAUUGGAGGAGAUGCGGGAUGUAGAAUUCAAGUGGCUACGAAAAGCCCUCUAUUCACAGGCCUUUAUUACUUUCAUUUUCUGGAGUUCCCCAAUAUUUGUUGCGGCUGUUACAUUUGCAACAUCUAUAUUGUUGGGAGCUGAACUCACUGCUGGAAGUGUUCUUUCCGCACUGGCCACUUUCAGAAUACUUCAAGAACCACUCAGGAAUUUUCCUGACCUGGUGUCUAUGAUGGCACAAACAAAGGUCUCUCUUGAUCGACUUUCUGGAUUCCUUCAGGAGGAAGAAUUGCAGGAAGAUGCCACCAUUGUUCUGCCCCGGGGAAUGUCAAAGGUGGCUAUAGAGAUUAAGGAUGGUGUGUUUUGCUGGGAUCCCUCUUCUUCAAGGCCCACCUUAUCUGGAAUACAAAUGAAAGUAGAAAGUGGGAUGCGUGUGGCAGUUUGUGGCAUGGUUGGCUCUGGGAAGUCAAGCUUUCUCUCUUGCAUCCUUGGGGAGAUUCCUAAAAUCUCUGGCGAGGUUCGAGUGUGUGGUACUGCUGCCUAUGUCUCUCAGUCUGCUUGGAUACAGUCUGGAAAUAUUGAAGAGAACAUUCUUUUUGGUAGUCCAAUGGAUAAAGCUAAAUACAAGAAAGUUGUCCAUGCUUGUUCCCUGAAGAAAGAUUUUGAACUUUUUUCACAUGGAGAUCAGACCAUAAUUGGAGAUAGGGGUAUAAACCUGAGUGGUGGACAGAAACAACGAGUGCAGCUUGCAAGGGCGCUUUAUCAAGAUGCUGAUAUUUAUUUACUUGAUGACCCCUUCAGUGCUGUUGAUGCUCACACUGGCUCAGAACUGUUCAAGGAAUACAUAAUGACAGCACUGGCGAAUAAGACUGUUGUUUUUGUGACCCAUCAAGUUGAAUUUCUACCUACUGCUGAUUUGAUACUGGUUCUUAAGGAAGGUCGCAUCAUACAAGCUGGAAAAUAUGAUGAGCUUUUACAAGCAGGCACUGAUUUCAACGCUCUGGUCUCAGCUCACCAUGAAGCAAUUGAAGCAAUGGAUAUUCCGAGUUUCUCAUCAGAAGAAUCAGAUGAAAAUUUGCUUCUUGAUGGGCCAGCCAUACUGAAUAAAAAAUGUGAUUCAGCUGGAAAUAAUAUUGACAGUUUGGCUAAGGAAGUGGAAGAUGGUGCAUCAGCGUCAGACCAGAAAGCAAUUAAAGAGAAAAAGAAAGCAAAGCGGAGGAAAAAACAGCUUGUUCAAGAAGAGGAAAGGGUUAAAGGAAGAGUCAGCAUGAAGGUGUACUUGUCAUAUAUGGCAGCUGCAUAUAAAGGCUUACUGAUACCGCUCAUUGUUCUUGCACAAACAUUAUUUCAAUUCCUUCAAAUAGCUAGUAAUUGGUGGAUGGCAUGGGCUAACCCCCAGACUGAAGGAGACGAAGCAAAAGUCAGUCCUAUGGUCCUACUUGUUGUUUAUAUGGCCCUUGCUUUUGGGAGCUCUUGGUUUAUAUUUGUCAGGGCUGUUCUGGUAGCCACAUUUGGUCUAGCAGCUGCACAAAAAUUGUUUCUCAAUAUGCUUAGAAGUGUUUUUCGAGCUCCGAUGUCUUUUUUUGAUUCAACUCCAGCUGGGCGUAUCCUGAACCGAGUAUCUAUUGAUCAAAGUGUUGUGGAUCUUGAUAUACCGUUUAGACUUGGUGGUUUUGCUUCAACAACAAUACAACUUCUUGGGAUUGUUGGGGUGAUGACAGAAGUUACUUGGCAAGUUCUGCUUCUUGUUAUCCCAAUGGCUGCUGCUUGCUUGUGGAUGCAGAAAUACUACAUGGCUUCUUCAAGGGAACUAGUCCGCAUUGUUAGCAUCCAGAAAUCUCCAGUUAUUCAUCUUUUUGGUGAAUCAAUUGCUGGAGCAGCCACAAUAAGGGGUUUUGGACAAGAGAAAAGGUUCAUGAAGAGAAACCUUUAUCUUCUUGAUUGUUUUGCUCGCCCAUUCUUUUGCAGUAUUGCAGCCAUUGAAUGGCUUUGCCUGCGGAUGGAGUUACUUUCAACCUUUGUAUUUGCUUUUUGCAUGAUUUUGCUCGUGAGUUUUCCACAUGGAAGUAUUGAUCCAAGCAUGGCAGGCCUUGCCGUGACAUAUGGCCUUAACUUAAAUGCACGGCUAUCACGGUGGAUACUUAGCUUUUGCAAGCUUGAGAAUAAAAUUAUUUCCAUUGAGAGGAUUUAUCAGUACAGCCAAAUUCCAAGUGAAGCUCCUUCCAUUAUUGAAAACUUGCGCCCACCAUCCUCAUGGCCUGAAAGUGGAACAAUUGAACUGGUCGAUUUAAAGGUUCGAUAUGGGGAAAAUCUUCCAGUGGUGCUUCAUGGGGUAUCAUGUGCAUUUCCUGGUGGCAUGAAGAUUGGAAUUGUUGGGCGUACUGGCAGCGGUAAAUCUACAUUGAUCCAAGCAUUGUUCCGAUUGAUUGAGCCAGCUGGUGGGAGAAUCAUUAUAGACAAUAUUGACAUUUCAACAAUUGGGCUCCAUGACCUUCGUAGCCGUCUUAGUAUCAUACCCCAGGAUCCUACUUUAUUUGAAGGAACUAUUAGAGGCAAUCUAGAUCCUCUUGAAGAGCAUUCAGAUCAUGAUAUCUGGGAGGCACUUGAGAAAUCUCAACUUGGAGACAUUGUUCGUGAUAAAGACCUAAAGCUUGAUACACCAGUUUUAGAAAAUGGAGAUAACUGGAGUGUGGGGCAGCGGCAACUUGUUUCCUUGGGCCGGGCUUUGCUCAAACAAGCGAGAAUACUUGUGCUGGAUGAGGCAACAGCAUCAGUUGAUACUGCCACUGACAAUCUCAUACAGAAGAUAAUCCGAACGGAGUUCAAGAACUGCACAGUUUGCACUAUUGCACAUCGUAUUCCAACUGUGAUUGACAGUGAUCUUGUUUUGGUGCUAAGUGAUGGGCGAGUUGCCGAGUUUGAUACUCCACAACGUCUCCUAGAGGAUAAAUCAUCCAUGUUUCUAAAGUUGGUAACCGAGUACUCAUCAAGAUCAAGUGGCAUACCAGAAUUUUGAAACAGAUUGCCUGCCCAAAAGUUCUUCUACUCGGGCAUUGGAAGCUGAAGCACUAUUCAAGAGUGAACAGGCUACUGCUGCUUCUUUUUCACAGCACUUGGCAAACUCGACUACAGAUAGCAACGACAGAUGUGCAUGUCAAGCCAUUAAACCAAAACCUCAAAGUAGAGGAAAGUAGUUUCUACUUCAAGGUAAUUUCAAGUUAACUCAUCCCCUUGAGUGAAUUUGGGGUAUUCAUGCACGGUUAGCACUUAGCUACUCGGCAUACCUUGUAAUGGAAAAUAAGUCAGAUGGGUAGUUAAUAAUACACUGAAGGGAGGAAAAGGGUGGACAAUCAUAUUUGUUCAAAAAUGUGCAAUCAAGAAGUGCUUAGAACAAAUGUUCCACCGUAGUUAGGACAAUUUGUAGAGUUGAACUUAGUUCAGGUCCACUCUUUCUUCUUCUGGCAAAAGUUUUCAGUUGUAGACUGAAGAAUAUAAAUUUUGUUUAAUUUUGGUUUAUCUCCCUGGUUGCAAUUUAAGUUAUAGGCUUUGAUGGCCUUUGAAUUUUGCUUCAAA